AUGGAGGUGGUGGAGAUUAACACAAAGCAAAGAAAAACCCAAUUACCGUGUUAUAAACCAUUAGAAUGCCCGUGUAAUGUUAAAUGCACAAAGAAAUAUGUACAACCAUCGCGAGUUAAAUCAUUCGCUCCUGAAAGAGUGUACUGUCCACCAUCAAAGGUUCUCGAAGCUAAUACUACGUACCAUUUGUCGUAUUUGAAUUUGGACCAUAGAAAAAUGCGUUCCGUUCGGUCUCAGCCCAUUCGACCAACUCCUGCUCUCGACAAAGUUGAAGGUAAAUUUGCCGACGAAACGACCAACAAAUUAAGUUACAAACCCGUUGGGCAUAUGCCUAAAGCAAAACCGAUUCUACCCAGGCAAAGACCAAUGAUUGGAUCAGGUCCCAUGGAAUGCAUCACCACUGUUCGCCAGGAUUACGCGCGGAAACAUAUUGAUAAACCGGAAAUGGUAAUCCCCUGCGGGCAUAUACGUUUAAGCGGUGGCAAAUUGGAUGCCAGCACAACCGCGAAGCUUUCCUACAUGGAUCCAGGCCCCACAGAGCCUGUGAUGAACUUCAAGCCUAUAAGAGUCUAUUGUCCACCUAGCGAGCCGAUACAUCACGAUACUACGCAAAAAUUGAGCUAUCAGCCUGUCGAUGUUCAAGAGAAAGAGACAUGUUUAUGGCAAUUGAAACCGACUUACAAGCCCCCAGACAUUGCCAUGUGUGGGAGAACGACAUACUCUGAAAGCUUCUUGAAAAACGAAGAAUUGUGCACGGAAAAACCUAUCAAGCCGAUUGGGACUAAUAUACUUCCCCACGGCGGUGAAUUCGCUGGAAAAACGAUUUACAAGGAAAGCUAUCUCGAGUCGUGUAACGUAGAACGCGUCGAUCCCUUCAUUCCUUGCAACAGUAUCUCUAAACCGAGUGGCAGAAUAUCAGGAGAUACGACGAACAAAUUGAGUUAUCAACCGGUUCAAAGCGAGAAACGUUCUCCUAUCCUGCCUCGACGCAGAUGUAUGACUGGAGACGGUCCUAUGCAAUCGGAAACUACCAAUCGUUGCGACUUUGCACCGAAGGAGUCGAUCAGGCCCGAUCCCGUCGUACCGUGCAACAAUAUCCGAAGCGCCGAGACGCCGAUGGAAGACAGAACUACAACGAGAUUAUCUUAUGUAAAACCAGGACUAAUGGAGUGCGUUCAAAGCUUCAAACCUAUUGUCCAAUAUACUAGAUUACCUGAUAAAAUCGAUUGCGAAACCGUGAACAAGUUGUCGUAUCAGCCAUGGACCCCUAUUCCCAAGGAAACUAUACCAUGGGCGGCUAAAAGCAAGUACCAACCGCCCAAGGAUCCUAUGUGCGCUGAUACUAUUUAUCAAGCUAGCUACCCCGCGCCUGGAUACUACGAAGAAAUAUGCGAGCCAUCUCCUGACGUCUGCGACUGCUUGCUUUCAAAAAGUGAAUGCCCUCUUACGGGAGCACAGCCGUCGAAUGAUGAGAACAACUGUGAACUUUAA